UUUUUUUUUUGCUGUAAUUUGAUCAUUUGGCAGCGGUGCUCGUGCAGGCUCUCCUUUAAGUCAUGGGGGUAGCUAGACUUUUCGGAAGAUGAUCAACUUUGUACGUCGUUGCGAAUGCCACAUCAUUCAGUUUAUGGACAACAAAAUGCUUACGGUUUUAUUGUUUAUAAGCUCACUGGCGACAUGCUUGAGCGUCCCACGACGAUGUGAACCGGAAGAAGCAGCAAUAGGAAGAUGCAGAACACCUACAGAAGAGAGGCCGCAGUGCAUAGAAAUGGUGCUUGGUUACUGUCAGGAUGUGCCCUACAGCCACACCACAUUCCCUAACAUUGUGGGCCACCGGUCACGACAGGAAUUAGAGAUGGGUGCAGAGUACCUUCUCUUGAGCGUGAUCCACGGGCUGCUGAAUGGUGAGUGCUCUCCAGACAUCCGUCUGCUGGGCUGCUCAGUGUUGGCUCCACGUUGUCAAGACGGCAGACUUAUGAAGCCGUGUCGCAGCUCGUGUGAGAUGGUGAAAAAAAACUGUAUCCAUGCCUUUGAGGCCAUCCAAAUGGCAUGGCCUUAUUUUCUGGACUGCGACCGAUUCUUUGUCAGCAGUGAGGAGAGUUGUCAUGACCCAUUGUCAGAGUUAAGAGAAAAGCAGGAUGUGGCCUUUGCCAACAUAUCUGAUGGUGGUCUUUCCACUAUCCUUCAGUUCACUUACCACUCUAACUCUCAGAUGUUCAGCAUCCUGAAGAAGACUGCAGCUAAAUGCUCGCAUAUCUCAAAUACGUACAGCAUUGGACGCAGUGUGGAAGGAAAAGACUUGCUGGUUAUUGAAUUCUCUAAUAACCCUGGGCAACAUGACCUAUUGGAGCCUGAGAUCAAAUUAAUUGGAAACAUGCAUGGAAACGAGGUUCUCGGUCGACAGCUGCUGAUAUACCUGGCUCAGUAUCUGUGCUCUGAGUAUCUGCUGGGCAAUGAGCGAAUUCAGACCCUCAUCAACACCACACGCAUCCAUAUCCUGCCCUCCAUGAAUCCUGACGGCUACGAGAUUGCCGCUUCUGAGGUAGCCGAUAGGAACGACCCCGAAAACAUCUACCAGGAAGGUCAUGAGUACAAUGGAUGGACCAGUGGUCGGGCCAACGCACAGAAUCUCGAUCUCAACCGCAACUUCCCUGACCUCACCUCCAUCUUUUACAAUCGGCGUCGCUUCAGACAUUUCCGUAGUGACCACAUCCCCAUCCCUGAAUCUUACUGGCUAAAUAAGGUAGUUGCACCAGAGACAUAUGCUGUAAUGAAGUGGAUAAGAUCCUAUCCUUUUGUUAUAUCUGCCAGUCUGCAUGGAGGAGAACUGGUGGUCUCAUACCCCUUUGACUUCUCUAAACACCCCCAAGAAGAAAGGAUGCACUCACCCACACCAGAUGAACAAAUCUUUAGGCAGUUGGCUAGGAUAUAUGCAGAUUCCCAUGCCACUAUGUCCAACAAUGACACAGAGAGAUGUGGAGCCUCAUUUGCCAAUAAAGGAGGGAUAACCAAUGGAGCACUGUGGUAUAGCUUUGCUGGAGUAUGGCACCAGAUCAUCAUUCUGAGCUGUUACUUGCAGGUUCACAGAGGUAUAAAGGGCAUUGUAAAGGAUGAACAUGGAAAUGGCAUCAAAGGAGCAACAAUCUCUAUUAGGGGGAUGCGACAUGAUAUCACUACAGCUGAGGAUGGUGAUUACUGGAGAUUGUUGAAUCCAGGUCUUCACAUUGUGACGGCAGCUGCCACUGGCUACUCCAAAAUAUCUAAGCGCAUUAACCUGCCAAAGAACAUACAGGUGGGCAGAGUGGACUUUGUGCUGAAGAAAGCCCCACGAGAACCCUCUCUUGACUACUUUAACAUCCCUGAGCUAGACAAUUAUGAGCGUUUUGACCCCUUUAAUCAGUUUGAGCAGUAUAGCCAGCGGGAGCUGGGAGAGAACGGGGAGGAGAGAACUGAGAAGCCCUGGUGGUGGGCUUAUUUUAGCCAGUUAGGCAUAUCUGCGCCUACCUGGCUCCUGAGGAAUUAAUAGGGACCCUCAGGACACCCCUGGAGAGCAACCUGAUCCCUAACUUUUUGCACCCAAGCCAUCACGACGAUGGUGGCAUUAACCACAUGCUAUAGAUGAGCAGCUAACUGGGAAUAGUGAAGCAUUGCUUCUCUGAUAAAUUGCCUAUCUUAUUAUAAAGUCAAACUUUGGAUAAUUAUUUUGGAUAAAACAUUUUUUUUUUAAAAUGUUUUUGAAAGAAAUCUCUUAUGCUCACUAAGGCUACAUUUAUUUUAUUUUGCAUUUAUUGUCACAUGAUCCUUUAUGAAUGAUUCAAAUUUGCUGAUUUGUUAUGGUACUUAGUUAUUAAUAAUGGUUAUUAUUAUUAUCAAUGUUGGAAACAUUUUUUUUUUUUGUGGAAACCAUGAUAUAUUUUCAGGAUUUCCAUGAAACUUGAUGCAUCAAAAACUUUGAUAAUAAUAAGAAAUGUUUCUUGAGCACCAAAUCAAGAUGUUAUAAUGAUUAUUUAUUUGACAGUGAAGACAUAUAAAGAUAAACGCAGCCUUGGUGAGCAUACGAUUUUUAUUUGUUUUUUUUUUUAUUCAAAAACAUUUAAAAAAUACCUUAAUUAUUCCAAACUCUUGACCAGUUAGUGUAUAUCAGACUGGUGUCGUAACAGAAUUCACCUGUAAAACUAAGAGGAAGUAUUAUUUUGCUUUUAUUUUCUCUUUGAUUUUUUGUUCAGCGCUAGAUCAAAUUCCCUAAAUGCAGCUAUAAACAGCUUAUUCUGAUAAAGUUUGGCAGCUAGACAUGGGAUGGAUAGCAUUGCAUAUAGUAAAUGUAUUCAUUGCUGUGGCUUUUGCAGUGUGUUAUCUGUUAUCAGGGCAUAUAUUCACCUUUUUCAAGCACAUUAAGGAUGUUCAGUGCAUGACCUUUUGAGGCUGUCAUUAAAAUGUUCAAAAAGUAUUACUUUUUUAAUUAGCCAUAAAAAUAAAAUAAAUGGACAUGGACUGAACAUCAGGUGUGCAAGAUAAAUAAAAACAACCUUCUGUGCAA